UUCAUAUGAGCACAAAGCCAUAAGCUUAAUAUUUUACUUUGCCCAAUACUUAUUGCAUAUUUCUGAAUGCAAUCGAACAACAAACAAAAUCGGAAACAUCUUGAAAAUCAUUUUCCUAAAUAUUAAACUCAAGAAUCUACGGGAAUAAUUUCCCCAACAAACACUAAUUAAGUUGUAAUGAAUUCUAUUCUAAGAAUAACUAGAAAUAUUCGAAUGUGCAUCAUUCGUAUAUCUGAAGCAAUUCGAUAUCAAGAUCCUUUUUCACCAGAACUCUCGAUCGCUGGAAACUUCAACCUUCCAAGCGUGUUGCCCGAGAAUAAAACACAAUCUACUCUAAGGGACAUACUUCAAGAUGGAUUUUUAUGGGCCGUUCCAAAACACCGACGUUCAUUAGAGAGGAGGAUGACAAGAAGAAUGGGAUUAGGAAAGCCUAUAAUACCCAAGAACAAUCUUAUUGUGUGUGAAGCAUGUGGGCAUUUUCAUCCAGUUCACACUAUAUGUGGUAAUUGUUAUUCUAAGGUAAGAGAAGAAACCGAAUACUUGCAAAAUGCUGUGAUAAAUGAACUGAAAUUAGAUCCUAUUGAGCAAGAAGUUAAACUGGUGUAUGAAAAUGAUUCAAAAAAUGAGAGGACUUUUGAAGGCAAGAGAAUCAUUGAAUUACCUAAAGAACGACCACAAUGGUUUUGUAAUAAUCUUUUAAUGAAAGACAGUGAAAUACCUAGAAAGAAAACUACUAGUAUAAAUGAAACUGUUAUUACACCAAAAAUAGAAGAUGUUUAAUAAUUUUUAAUGUUUAUUUAAACUUUGUAGAAAAUAAAUAAUUUUCUGAAAA